AAAUUCCUGAACCACUCUCUAUCUCGCCGGCUUAAAUAUCACCACAUCCUCUUCCCUCUCUCUUUUUGUUACUUCAGAAAAAAUGGCUCAGUUAUUUGGCAAGGCCUCGAACUUUGUGACUGAGAAACUGGGCAAAGUGGAGAAGCCAGAGGCAGAUCUCACAGAUGUUGACUUCAGGAAGGCGAGCUUCGAUGCUGCGGAGUACGUCGGCAAGGUCCAUGUUAAAAACCCUUAUGAUCACUCCAUCCCUAUUUGCGAGAUCACCUACAAGCUCAGAUGUGCUGGCAGGGAGAUUGCAUCUGGGACAGUUCCGGACCCCGGAUCAAUUAAGGGAAACGAUGUUACUCUUCUGGAGGUGCCAGUGAAGGUGCCACAUAGUGUGUUGGCGACCUUGGUGAAGGAUGUUGGGGCAGAUUGGGAUAUUGAUUAUGAGUUGAUAUUGGGUCUCACCAUUGACCUUCCUGUGAUUGGGAAUUUCACCAUGCCUCUGUCCAAGAAGGGAGAGAUCAAGCUUCCCAGCCUCAACAGCUUCUUUGGUUGAGCUCCCCAUGUUUUGAGCAUCUUUUAUCUUUGUAUGUUGUGCUUCAUAUUAAGAUUUCCUUUAUGUUUGAAGUCGAAAAGAUGCGCUUGGCGUCUGGAACACCCCGACUCCUGAAUCUGUUCAGCUGUUUGUGAGUAAAAAUGUAUUGGAGUUGUAACUACAAGUCUACAAGGAUGAAAUCUUGACAAUAAAUUUAUGAAGUU